AUGUCUGGACGUGGCAGAGGUCGCGGCAGAGGUGGCGCUGGCACCGACACAGGUGCAGGUCGCGCCCGGCGUUCGACUCGACAGGCCGCCGCUGUACAGCAGCAAGAACAAAGUGAGCCCACCCCAAGCAUCAACACCCAGUCUCCUGCUCAGCAGAGCAACCAAGCCAUUCCGUCUCAGGAUGGGCUCAUGGGACCCCCCCCGCCUCCGGGCAUUAAGAAUGUCCAAGGUCCAAGCGUGUACCAGUUCUCACGAAGAGGCGCUCCCCGAAGUGAACGCGGCGGAAGUCUGGCAAGCCUCAACAGCGUUGCUGUCAGUGACUCUGUGUACACAGCAAUGACAUCCCAGGCGGAUCAUCUGAGUGCUGCUUCGGGAACCCCCAUACGCCCAAUUAAUGUGCCAGUUCGAGCCACAAGUGUCCCGUUUUCUGUGAAGUACGAGACCCCUGGCAAGCGGGCGCGUCAAACUGUGUUCAUGACCCGCAGAUUACGCGACCUCAAAAACACAAGCGUCGAGUUCUUUGAGCAUCUCUGCACUGAUCAAGACAAUGAAGGAUGGGAGGAAGCCCAUGAGCAGAUCCGCUUUAUCUAUGAUGCUUUCCGGAGGGUUUACGUUGGUAAGAACAGCGAGCCUACCAUUGAUCCCUCCUUUGUUCUUGAAGCCAUGGGGCACCACGAAGGCACUCCAGCAUGGUACGAGGCUUACCGGACUGUUUACCUCGCCAAUCUCGCCGCGCUUCUUCAAGACAUCCAGACAACGGAGCAGCAGGAUUACUUGCCUCUCCUUCAGUCCUGGGAAGAUGACUUCCCCAAGUUUUACAUACCAAAGGACCAGGACAUUGCGGGUGUUUCUGAGAUGGUGAUCGAUAUUCGGACACAGCUCUCAAUCUUCACCCUCAAGAAGUUCCGACAAGAUGGCUCCAUCGACUUUCAUCCAUACGAAACGAUUGCCAAGAUUUGGAGCGGCGAGGAUAUUUCGGCCAGCAAAGUGGAAGCUGCCUUGGGAGGAAACCAGGAUGAGCUUCAACUGAGACCUGUUGACCCUGAGGACCCCGACUCAGCGCUGCACAGUGAGAGAGCGUGGACGCGGCUCAGAUCGCUGUGCGAGCACUUUCUCAAUCAACAUUUGACGCCUGGUACCGAAGACGCUUUCGACCAAGCACUCAAGCAACUUCAGUCCACUUAUGACUUCUCUGAGUUUGUCAAACAUCUCCGCGCGUUGGUCGAGGACAGCUUCCUCCGUACCAAGGAGGCUUUGGAUGCUGCGGAACUCCCUCUGCCUGGCCAGUCAUCCGAUGCGAGUAGGAUUGACUCGCAGAUUCAAACCCAACUGGAAGCCGACAUGGCUCAAGAUCCUGCUUCGUCAUACAACGUCGGCUACCCUUCCUCAUUGCCGACUUACCCAAGGAUCCCCUAUCCGGAGUUUAGCCAAGAGUCGAGCCCUGGAUUCAGUGAUCAGGCGCCGCGAAGCGGUUUCCAGAACGGAGCUAUCUACGCUCAGUCUGCCGCACAGGUGACGACGACAACCGGCGGUAGGAAGAAACGCGGGGCAGCUGCUGCGGAUGCCAGCGGUGACCAGGAGAAUACUCAGCCGAAGAAGCGUGCUAGACGCAAGAAGAAUGCCGAUGCAGAGUCCGACCCGUCUGCCAACGGCCAAGUCGUUCCUGUCCAGCCGGCAGCUCCCAUUCAGUACCCCCCUCUCCCCGGUACUCAGCUGGAGCCCGAUUUUGAUGCUCUCACUCAGCGAUCCAAGGAGAUAUCGGCUGCCAAUCGGAAGGCCAGAGAGCCGCAAGUGCGCUCUGCCUGGGUGCGGAAUGAUGUUCGGGAGUUGGUCAAGGCUGUUCACACAUACGGCUGCAAGUGGAGUGUUAUCGAGAAGCAAAUCAAGGAGGGAAAUAUUCAUUUCGAGCGGCCUCGGGAUCAGCAGGCCCUCCGUGACAAGGCGCGCUUGCUGAAGCAAGAUUUCCUCAAGGUCGAUGGCGUUCUCCCCCAGGGCUUUGAUCUCGUCGUGCUGGGGAAGAAAGAGAGAGAAGCCGUCAAAGCUUGCGGCAAGAACCCGGACCGCAAAGAAUCUGAUCUCGAUGCCAACGGCCAUCCAAUCAACACGGAAUUCGGCGAUUCCGUCACCGCCGCGGCCCAUGCGGCACCUGUUGCGCAGAUGGACGCGCUUCCUUCUCCCCCGCCCCACGAUCCCCAACUUCUCCAAGGUGCUGUGCAUGGCGUGCAGGACAACGAUAUCGGUAUGGAUGGCGGCCAAGAUGGCAUGCAAGAUAAUGGGUUUUCCGAGCACGGUAAAUCCGAAGCUGACCCGGUACACGACCCGGCGAUGGACGCCUCUGCCGAAGCUCAGCCUGUGAUCUCGGACCUGCAGCCACUUACAACUGUCUAG